GCGAAAAUCGAUAGCGUAGGGGGUGAAAAAUAAACAUGGCCGAUACGGAGUUCGAGGAAUUUAGGCAUAGUUUCGAAAAAGUAUCAUCGCACGGCAAAACUACCGCACCGUUUUAUUCCCUUGUGCACGAUGUCAUCGUGGACGAAGACUCCCCGACGUCUUCCAAAAGUGAUUUAGACAACUACUGUGAUAUACCGGAAAAUGGCUUGGACAACACCAGCGGCCCGCCAUCUUUCGGCAGCAAAAAAGACAGCACCCCAUCGACGACGACGUCGAGCGGCGCCUCGACGUCCGCGCCUUGGUCGGGCGAGCGCAAACGGCGGAGACUUCCAGAAAUCCCGAAAAACAAAAAACCUUCUGUGGUGACAAUGUACAACGCUCAAUUCCACCAGUUGAACAGAGAAGUGUCUCUAGCCGACGAAUUAGGCGGCAACAACAGCGGACCAAGCUCAAUUCUAGUAUUAAAAUGCGGACAUCUUUGGGAUGAUUCGCCGGAAUCAGACAGGUUACUAACAGACGCCGAUAGUGGUCACAGCACUGCCCAUUCACCCACCGGCACCGACGGGCCCAAAUCGAUGUCCCCCAUAUUGGGGGCUUCGCCGUCGAUUAUAGGAGGCGUCGUUUACAACGACGUCGAUAUGCUCGAAGCGACGCACAGGGCACUUCACAAAUUCAUUCCGAGACACGAAGACGAGAUCGAUAUCGAAAUCGGUGAUCCGAUUUACGUACAGAAAGAGGCCGAUGAUCUUUGGUGUGAAGGGAUUAACUUAAGGACAGGUAGAUUGGGAAUAUUCCCUUCUGCUUAUGCAGUGGACUGUGAUUAUAGUGAUUGGGAUUCGUCGAUGGAGCAUGGCCGUAGAGAACGUUAUCUUUUAGGGUAUAUUGGAUCUGUGGAAACGCUAGCCCAUAAAGGUACAUCUGUGGUAUGUCAAGCUGUUCGAAGAGUCAUCGGGAACUCAGGAAACGAACCGGAACUGCAUCCGUGCACCCUGGAAGUUUCAGAUCAAGGCCUUCGGAUGGUAGAUAGGAGAAAAAGAAACCAAAACGAGCCUUGCAUAGACUAUUUCUAUUCGCUGAAGAAUGUUUCUUUUUGCGCGUUUCAUCCGCGCGAUCAUCGCUAUUUAGGCUUCAUAACGAAACAUCCGACGUUGCAAAGGUUCGCUUGUCAUAUCUUUAGAGGACACGAUUCGACUAGACCCGUUGCUGAAGCUGUUGGUCGUGCCUUUCAAAGGUUCUACCAAAAGUUUAUCGAGACUGCUUAUCCUGUGGAAGAUAUUUACAUUGAAUAAUUA